AUGUCCAACUCUAAGGUCAAGAUCGGCCAGCUAUGGCCCAAGAACAAGACGGAUCUCAUGAAGCAAUUGGGUGAACUUAAGACUGAGCUCGGUCAACUACGCACACAGAAGAUUGCAGGAGGUGCCGCAUCUAAACUCACAAAAAUCCACGACGUCAGAAAAUCUAUCGCCAAGGUCCUCACAGUCAUUAACGCAAACCAACGCACUCAACUACGGAUUUUCUAUAAGCACAAGAAGUACCUACCACUCGAUCUUCGACCAAAGCAGACUCGUGCAAUAAGGAGACGUUUGAGCAAGGGAGAUAAAGCGAGAAAACUACCCAAGAUCACCAAGCGAGAAGUACACUUCCCGCAAAGAAAGUUCGUGAUAAAAGUACGUUCCUUUAAUAGAGCUCAUCAGAUAAUCAUUUAUUCGACUCGCAAAACAAUUACCUAA